AUGUCUCUACUGCUGUUACUGUCUUUAUGCUUCGUCUCGUUAAUAUCAGUGUCUUAUGAAGAUGGUGAUAUAUUUAAUCUAAAAUCUGCACGUACGGCACUAUGUCCAAUUGUCGGUUUUCAUGGAAUAUUUUGUCCUGGUGAUGCUAGUAGUGGAAGUCCUACUGGUAAAAAGCUGAAACAAUCAAUUUCAGCACAACAGCCCGUGGAAUUACCAAACAGUGUUGGCAUGGCUAUUGAUAUUAGUACUGGCGAGUUACUACUACCCGUACUAAAAUUAUCAAAAGGUAGUAAGCAAUGGACUGAUAAAGAAUCUGGCAAAAUAUUUCUUGUGCCACCAGAAUUAACACUAAGAGAAUCUCUAUCUAACAAUGAAGAAAAUAAAGUUAUAGUACGUAUAUUUCAAACAGAAAAUGAUUUAGUUGAUAUUUGGUUAAAGAAUGCGGAAGCUGGUGGAUGGACUGGUGGACAACUGGCCAAUGUACAAAACAUUUCUGAUGUUUACAAAACUUAUUUCUUUGAUGAUCAAGUAAUGGCCAUAACACAACAAUUUAAAGUUCUUUACACAGUAUCAUUUACCGAUAGUCAAAACCUGGAACUAAAUAAAUAUGCACAAGGAGCUGUUGAUGUCCUAACAUACGAUUUUGAUGAAAAUCUGUACCAAAGUUUUCUUGAUGCAUGGGGAACACAUGUGACUGUGUCAACAACAGUUGGGGGAAUGAAUGAACAACAAACGUUGUUAAAAAGUUGUAUUCUACAUACAACAGACGUUAGUGAUGGUUUGACGAAAACAGUCUUAGAAGAGAAUCUUAAACAAGAAUUACUGGAAAAACAGCCGUGUAUUGAUCUUUAUUAUUAUUUACGACGUAAACGUUACUUAGACCAUCGUAUCGGUGGAAAUAUUUUGUUGAUUAACAAUAAUACCGUGGAUACAGAUGAUAAUCAGUGGAAGAAGACAAUUAUUCAGGAUCCAGCACUCUUAUUAGUUGAAAAAUUUGUACCAUGGUACGAUUUAGUGCAAAACAAGAGAAUUAAACAAAAUCUGAAACAAGCAGUUGAUCUACGUAUUAAUCGCGUCAGUCUAAUACGUCAGCAGCAAGUACAACAAAUCCGUGAUGAACGUCGAAGAAUGGUGCUAAAAGCCAAGGUUCUCCUGCAAACAAAUAGCUAUGAAUGGAAUGUUGGAGGCGAUAUUGAAUUGAAGACAGCUGACACAUGUACAACGCUGUUAGAUAAUACACAACUGGCAGCCAAAUGUGGUACAGGUACAAUGAUGAGUUCAUGUGCAUUGGCUUUAACGGAUAAUAUUGAAAAGAAUAUUUAUAUUGAGACAGGAAAAGUACCGGUUUGUUAUGAACGAAACAACGUGACGGGAGCAUUUCGUCUUGUUGCAAGACGUCAGUAUGGCCGAACAAAUGAUACCAUUCGUACUGGAUUUCAAAAUUUUGAUGUCAACGGUGAAUGGAUGGAAAGUGGGGGUUGUUCAAAAAUCUCUGAUAAAUGUGAUUUAUACAGCGGCUCAGACGAUGUUUAUCUCUGUUCGGGAUGCAAUGUACAGUGUGAAACAAAUCAAAAUCAACGACAAGUUAACUGUAAAUGUUCAUGUCCAACAUAUCCAGUUGAUCCGGAAGCUAAACCAUACUUACGCUACUGUUAG